GAAUCCAGCCAACUUUUUCACUGCCUUUUUGAUGCUCUGAACUCUGAAUUAGUAGCAGCCUGAACCCUUCGUUCACUUUGUCCUCUCAGCCACCGCCGAGUCGUCGUCGUCUUCACCGAGGAAGAGCUGCUCCUUCUUCUCCAUGGACUACAGGCUCUACUACAUGACGCUCAGGAUGAACAUCGACUGCAACGGGUGCUACCACAAGAUCAGGAGGGCGCUGCUCCAGAUGCAUGAGCUGGAGAGCCACCUGAUCGACAGGAAGCACGGCAGGGUGAGCGUCUUCGGCGCCUUCAGCCCGCAGGACGUCGCGAUCAAGAUCAGGAAGCGGACCAACCGCCGCGUCGAGAUCCUCGAGGUCAGGGAGGCCGCGCCGCAGCUGGCCGGCGACGAGGGGGGCGGCGGCGGCGGCCACGUGGCUUGAGUUGAGGCCCCACCUUGUCAGUGCUCAGUACCACCUUGUUUGAACUGAACACGAGACACAGCUUGUGCUUACGUCCUGAAUUUCUUCCAGUUAAUGAAAAAAGAAAAAUUUCUGAAUUUCUUCUUCUUUUGACAAGUUGCGUUAGCCUUUUCAUCAAAGGAUUUACCAAAGCUUGAUUGGUAAUAUGUGCCUUCCUUUGUGAGUUGUAACACAGUAGUGAUGUAGUUAGUGUUUGGGUGCUACUGCUAGAUAAAAAAAAUUCCAAGGUAUGAAUGUUCCAUGUGGAAUUCUAGCAAAUGGAAACAAAUUUAAAUUUCCAUCUUUUGAAUUUUGGAGCGGAGAAAUUGAAUUUUUAGCAAUUUAGUAAUAUUUUGCAUAUCAACAUGUUCAUAACUGUGGAGUAUUGUACAUGAGAAGUC